AUGCACGCCAUGAGCCCGCCGCAGCUUCUCGCUUGCCUCCUCCUCCUUGCCACCGCGGUGGCGCCGCCGGCCGCGGCUGUCUGCGUUCCGCGCAAACCCGGAGCGCCCGGGAAGCCCGGGCGCCCUGCCGGCCCCAGCCCGGUGCCGGCCAAGCCGCCUCCACCGAAGCCGAAGCCGACGCCGCCCGCACCGGCGCCGCCGAAGCCGACGCCGAUCAUCCCGGGCGCCGACAUCGUGAAGAGCCUGUGCCUCAAGACGGACUACCCCGACGUGUGCCUGUCGUCCAUUGCGAAGCAGCCGCAGCCGCCGGUGGCUGGUGGGAAGCGUCUGGACGCCGCGGGCUUGCUGCGGAUGGCGAUGGGCGCCGUGCGCGGCAAGGCCGCCGAGGCCAAGAAGGCGGCGGCCGCGCUCGACGCCGACCCCAAGACGCAGCCGCUGGCGCGGGGCCCGCUCCAGGACUGCGUGGAGUCGUACGACGACAUCGCGUACAGCCUGGACCAGGCCGAGAAGGCCAUCGCCGGCGGCGACAGGGACACCACGGGCACCAUGCUCGACACCGUGCGCACCGACGUGGACACCUGCGACCAGGGCUUCGAGGAGCGCGAGGAGCUCACGCCGCUCAUGGCCAAGCAGGACGCCGAGCUCGCCAAGCUCGCCAGCAACUGCCUCGCCAUCGCCACCGCCGCCGGCCUGCGCUAGACGGACAGAUCGAUCGUUCAUCCAUAGCUGCGCUAGCACCUAGAAACAACUACACCGUAUACGCGUACACCUUCGUCAUCGCAAGCUUCACUAAUGCAAGAAGCUUUUGUAUCCAUCCAUCCGGGAAGAACAUGUAGUUAGUGAAGCCUUUCGAUUUGUGUCCGAUUGUAAUGCUGCAACUGCAACCUUAAUUCUUGAUUUUCUUUUCCAUUUCAUUCCAUAUAUCUCCAUCAAGAUUUGAUUGUUGAGUGAU